GGAUCGCUUUCAUUUUGCGGAAUGAUUGCUGACACCCGGCAGGAUUUCCCUGGUUGCAGGAGCAGCAGCGGAGAGCCGAACUCGACCUCCUCUUUCCUGGGCGUGGAGGAGAGGCUGGAGGCUGCGGGCAUGGACGGCAGCGGGGCGGGAGCUCCCGAUUCCUUUUAAGCCUCCCAGCCCCCUUCGCGGCUUCCAGGCACCCAGCCCCAAAUCGACAAGGGCAGUUGGCCCAAGCAACCCGGAGGAGCCCCGCCUCCGACCCCCCAACCUCUCUUGCUCCUGCCUCCCGCCCCUCUCUCCUUUUCCUUUUCAUUAUUUAUUUAUUUUUUUUUGUUGUGCGUGAAUCCUCUCCCAGUGCGAUGCUAGUGGCUCCCCGAACGAAGAUUUUGGCUGGGGAUGUAGAAACAACAGUGGCAUAAUAUGGGUGGGAAUCACUCCCACAAAACUCCUGUGUUUGAUGAAAAUGAGGAUGUUAAUUUUGACCAUUUUCAAAUAUUACGAGCCAUUGGCAAAGGGAGCUUUGGAAAGGUAUGCAUUGUGCAGAAGAGGGACACAAAGAAGAUGUAUGCCAUGAAAUACAUGAAUAAACAGAAGUGUAUUGAGAGAGAUGAAGUUCGAAAUGUCUUCAGAGAGCUCCAGAUCAUGCAGGGCCUGGAACACCCUUUCUUAGUCAAUUUGUGGUAUUCCUUUCAAGAUGAGGAAGACAUGUUCAUGGUGGUCGAUUUGCUUCUGGGAGGGGAUCUCCGCUACCACCUACAACAAAACGUGCAUUUCAAUGAGGGAACUGUAAAACUCUAUAUCUGUGAGCUGGCCCUUUCCCUUGACUACCUGCAGAGAUACCACAUUAUCCACAGAGACAUCAAACCAGACAACAUAUUACUGGAUGAGCAUGGGCAUGUCCACAUAACUGACUUUAACAUCGCCACUGUAAUAAAAGGAGCAGAAAAGGCUUCCUCUAUGGCUGGAACAAAGCCCUACAUGGCUCCAGAAGUAUUCCAGGUGUUUAUGGAUGGAGGCCCAGGGUAUUCCUACCCUGUAGAUUGGUGGUCCCUGGGAGUUACAGCUUAUGAAUUAUUGCGUGGUUGGAGACCUUAUGAAAUCCAUUCAGCCACACCAAUCGAUGAGAUCCUCAACAUGUUCAAAGUAGAACGGGUUCACUACUCCUCCACAUGGUGUAAAGGAAUGGUGGCAUUAUUGAAAAAGCUUCUGACAAAAGACCCUGAGAGCCGGCUUUCCAGCCUUGUAGAUAUUCAAAGCUCUCCAUACUUAGCUGAUAUGAACUGGGAUGCAGUGCUGGAGAAGGCGAUGACACCAGGUUUUGUUCCAAAUAAGGGGAGACUGAAUUGUGACCCAACUUUUGAAUUAGAAGAAAUGAUUCUAGAAUCUAAACCCCUUCAUAAAAAGAAGAAGAGGCUCGCCAAAAACAAAUCUAAAGAUGGCGGGAAAGAAAGCUGUGCCCUGAAUGGACACCUACAGCAAUGUUUAGAAACAGUGAGGAAAGAAUUUAUCAUCUUCAACAGAGAAAGGUUGAGAAGGCAACAGGAUACAAGUGGUCAGCUCUCCAUUGGUGAGAACCGUGUGGCACCCCCAGCUCAUGGAAAGCUCCAGGAUGGACGAAACAACAACAUCCUGAGCCAGGCCUGCACACGUGGCUGCAGCUGCUAGGCUACCAUGGCCUGGCAUGGAUCAUGUCCGAGUCUCAGUUCCCUUCUGUGCAUGUGAUGGUAUCUCUUUGUGUCCCCUUCUCCCCCAACUCAAUCAAAAAGAGCACUGAACUAGGACUCAGGAGACAUACAGUCUAGUCCCACGUCUACCACUGACACGUCUACCACUGACUCUGUGUGAGACCUUGAGUGAGGUCCUUACCUUUGCUACCUGUCUGACCUUGGGCAAGUCAACCAACCUCUCUCUUGGCCUCAGUUUUCUCCACUGUCAAAUAAGGGGGUUGGACUACAUGGUUCCAUUCCAACUCCAUAUCCUAUGAUAACUUUUCCAGGCCUUCAUUACCUCAUCUGUCAAAUGGGAAUCAUAAUCCCAGCCCUGCUACCUCACAGGGCUGUUGCGAGGGUCAGACUUCGUGACAGAUGGGAAAACUUUUCCAAAAAAUACAAAUCACUAUAUAAAGUCAGUGUCUGGAAGUAAAAAGAACACUGGCAUAAGUAACAGGAGGAUGGGGUUCUGGUCCCAGCUGUUCCAUAAACUAUGUGACCCUGGGCAUGGUCACUCUCCCUCUCUGGGCCUUAAUUUCCAUGUUUGUGAGGGGUUUACAUUAGACUAAAUUAAAUUACAUAAGGUCCCUUCUAACACUCAGAUUUUAGGUUCUACAUUCUAAUGUCCUUUCUAGCUAUAACAUUCUAGUUUCUGUUUUAAGGUUUCUUCUUGUGCUGACGUACUAGGUUCUAAGGUCCCUUCAAGCUCUGAUAUUCUAUGUUCUAAUACCCCUUCUAGCGCCAAUGUCCUAUGUUCUAGUUCCCCUUCCAGCUUUACUCCAGGUUUUCUAGAUUAUAAGGUCUCUUCCAGACCUAGCUAGCCUUCUUUUAAAACCCAAUUACAGAUAGCCUAUCCCAGUUCACAAUUCAAUUCAUCCCCAGCAAUUCCAACCCUGGCUAAACCAUGCUUUGGGAAAACAAAACCCCAUCAGUGCCCGCCAAACGAAUACUUUCUGGUGACUCCUGGGGAAGAAUCAUCUUCAUAAUCUGGGAACCAAACUUGAAACUUUGUCGUUUACAUUCUCUGAGGCAGGACUGUGAGGUUUCAGACUCUUCACAAGGGCCCCCUCCCUCCCUGGCUCCCUGAGAUUCACGUGCCAAUCCAAAUGAAAGGAAAUCGUGUUCUUUUGAUGUAUGUCAAAGCCACCUGCAGCACCUGGAAUCUGGGACUCUAUGUGACUGAUUGCUAAAUGUGACUAGAAAAUACGCUGCCUCUUGUAUCAAUGUGUCUGUACCUGAUGUCUCUGUGACUCUGGUGUUCUCUGUAGCCAACACCUAAUAUUGGUGAUCAACUACCUGAAAUCUAGUCAUGCAACAUGAAUGUAAACCUGUUUUAUUUGUUCUCCCUCCACCCUAUGCCUUCCUGUAAGAUGAAUAAAAAUGAACUUAUUCUGAUUGCAUUAAGAUGGUGAGGGACCUUGGUCCUAGCUACAGAUGAAGAAACAGCUGACCCAGCCAAACACAAUGCCCACAUAGAUAUAACAUAUGUCUUCUAUGACAUAGAUUCAACAAAAAUCCUGCCCUCAAGGAGUGUCCAGCAUGCUGGGAGUGGGGGGGGGCUGCUAGGAAGGGAAAGGAGGGCAGAAAAGAGAAAAACAACAUGUACAAGUCUAUAUAAAAAGGUUAAGAGUAAUAGGUCCAAAGGUCUGAAAUCCAAUCAAAGAUUUCUAGGGAAAUUGAAGGAAGGGAAGAUUGCUUUCAGCUGUAGGGAAUCAGGGAAGAUAUCAUAGGAAUGGACCCGAUGGUUGUAAUUGUUGGAAAACCAAGGAUUCUUUGGUAUGUUGGGAGAAGAAAUGGACAUUUGGGAGAAACAUUUUUCUCUCCUCAACUGGGUAUCUCCAGAGUCGGGAAAUGAAAUAGAAGUCCUGGUAUUUUUUCUACUCUUAAAUUUUUCCCCAUACAUCUGGAUAAGUGCAUGGCUGUGACUGUGAAUUGUGUUUUUACUUUGUAUAGCUUUUCAUCUGGAAGCCAAAUUCCAUUUUCACCUUUAUACCAUGUAACGUAGGUCUUUGAGACAUGACAAUAGCCUAUCUUCUUUUAUUAAGAGAAUAUUUUUAUUGUAUUGUAUUGAUUUGUAACUUUUUUUAUAAGAACAAUAGUUUCUUUUUUUCUUUAGAGUUGGGUCUAUUUUUAAAUUGCGUUGCUUACUUAUUCAAGACUAAGCAUUAAUUCACAGUAAUAUGCAUUCUUACUCUGUCACUUAAGCAACUCAUUCAGAGUAAUGAAGUCAGUGUCUACACUGGCCCUGGCAGGGCUGCAGAUGGUUUAUUCUGUUGGUUUCAUUCAUUAAAUAGAGGGCAGGGACCAGACUAACCCCAGAGUCAGGAAAGGCCAUUGUUUUUCUGAGGUCUG